AUGAGGACUUGCAGCAGGAAGCCAUGGUUGACAGUAUCUGCUGAGAACUUUUCCCUUCCAUUGGUAUUUGACAUGGAAGAGAACCAGGAGGAGUGCAUCUUUGUUGGGUGGCUCUUGUCUAUGCCAUACCUUCACUGAAUUGAGGUGCACAGCUACACCCUCAUUCAGCUGGAAGGUUGGUUCAUAGCCACAUGCCAGACCCAUGUCGCCGUAGUUGGACUGCCUGUGGCAAGGCAGUGGCUAUGUGAUAUGAUGUGGAGCAUGGGGAGCUGGGACUCCGACUGGCAGGCUCAAGGUCAGUGUCCUUGGCUGAAUUGUAGAGCUGUGCGGCUUCUUGAUUUCUUCAGGAAUCGCUUGGGUGGCCGGAAAUCCAGGUACUCCAGAGAGUCCUUCAAGAUAGUGCCCUGGAGCCACAGCCAUUUUGGUGGUCUUCAGUCUGGAAUUGCAGCAAGGUAG